AUGCAGGCUGUUGCGGGCGCUUGGAGAUGGUGCGAGGGAGACGGAAGCAAGGCGCCAGCUGGGCACCUGGAAGCGCCAAUGACGUCUCCAUACCCAGCCAGAGAGGAACCGUGCUGGUUGCCACAGGUGGCUGAGACUGCGCCUUGGGCCGGGAGUUGGGCGUCAAUAUCCGAACGGUGUGGAAUAUCGAGGCCCUGUGUGGAGGAUCAAGACGGAUAUACGAAGACAAGAUCACUGCAGCGUUCCCUCCAGGUCCAAACUCUGGACAAUGGUUUCCCCAGACGGCAGAAUAACCUUAUCCGUUCCGUGGAUGGUCCGGACGGGUGCCUCCAAUCACGUGCUGCCGUUGCUGCCUCGACGACUCGGGUAAGCGCCGGGACAAAAAAGUUGAAUGUCGGAUGGAUGAGUGGGAUAGCCAGCGCUUGUCAUGGCGAGCAGUUGCUGGCCAUCAUUGGCCUGUCUGAGGCCCAAGACAUUUUGCGGUGGAGUCUGCAGCGGGAUCACACACACAGUCCCGCAGAUUGA